GGACAGGCGAAUCCGCGCUCUUGGCCCCGCUCACCGCCGCCUUCUUGGGGGCCCGUAGUCAGUGAGUUCACCAGGGACCGCUGCAGGGCUCAUUCUCAUUCAACGUGUUCAUCACCGACCUGGAUGAAAGGAUCGAAUGUACCCUGAGCAGGUGCAGCUAUGGUGUCCAGAAAGCAGCUGGCAGACUUUGGCUACAAGGCGUUCUCGGGCUCCAUGAUGCUGCUGACGGUGUACGCCGGGUACCUGUGCAGCGUCCGCGUCCAGCGGAUUCUCCAGCGCCGCCGCGAGCGGGAGAACGCGCCCGGCCCCGAGAGCUGAGCCCACCCUGGGACCGGCCCUGGGAGCUGGGACCGGCCCCGAGAGCUGCGACUGGCCCCAAGAGCUGCGACUGGCCCCGCGUUCCCGGUCUCCCCUGGGCUGGGGGAGGCAGAUGGAGCGCAAUAAAACCCCUGUGAAAGUG